AUGGAUUCGUUGAUCCCAUUCACAACCUCCGGCUCGCUGGUCGAUUGUGUGGACAGGAAAAUGCUCGUCAUCCUCCGCGACGGCCGUAAGCUCCACGGCGUCCUGCGCUCCUACGACCAGUUCGCCAACCUCGUCCUCGAGGACACCGUCGAACGGAUAUACCACGGAAACGCGGUCGCAGAGCGCCGCGCGGGGCUCUUCCUCAUCCGCGGCGAGAACGUCGUCCUCCUCGGUGAAAUCGACCUCGACCAGGAGGACGAUCUGCCGCUCGCCGGCGUGAACUUCCACGCGCUCGAGGCCAACCAUCAGUACAACACCGCGCUCAAGAAGCAGCACGACGAGUUCAAGGCGCAGGUCCUGUACGAGCAGAAGGGCUUCUGCAAGGAGGGCGGCGAGGGAGACGGGUACUAGCCCGCGACGCGACGCCGCUGCGCAUAUAUAGGUGUUUGCGUGCGGGAUAGAGGCGGUCCCAGGGCUCUGGCAGAUUCAUUACGCCCAGCGAGAGCUGAUGGUGGUGUGUUCGGGAUGCGGUUGACGAGUUUGAGCGUCUCUGGGGUGUCUCUGUAUCUACUUACUAUACAUACGUGUUUCAUUUUUUGCGCAUAAUCGCACCGCAG